AUGUCGUAUUACACCUACGAGUACGAAGCGGAUAUGCCGCGGUUGCAUGUGCCUCCAUUGGCUACUACUGCUCAGCAGUUGCUUGUCGCUCUCAAGCCAUUGAUGAGUGUUGACGAAUACAACGAGUUGCUCUACGAGUCGACCGAGUUUGUCUCGCAUGACAUGAUCAACUUGAUCCAGAAGCACUUGAUCGGAGCUUCAGAGUCUCCUAGCCAAAACUGCUACUGGAACACCAUCAACGACGAGACAGCUCCUGCUAUCUACGGUGAGGUCCGUGGCGAUAUCCUUCCCCGGAACCCGUAUUUGAUUUUGGAAGAGGACCCUUAUUCCAAGACGUUGAGUCCACCCAAUCAGUCUCAGCGUGCUGCUAACUUGAUCAACUCGUCGCUCAAGUUCAUUGUGUCGCUCAGAAACGAGACGUUGAAACCAGAUCUCACACCCAAGAAUAACAACCCACUUACGAUGAGAUGCUACCUCAAUUUGUUCGGAACUACGAGAGUACCGGCUUCUCUUGAUGAUGUCAGAAACCACCAGGUCAAGAUCAAGAAGUAUCUGGACAUCAACGACUCGCGCCACAUAGUAGUUAUUUCUAACAACCAGUUUUACUCAUUAGAAGUCAUUACUCCGUAUACUGCUGAAGAGUAUAAAGACACGAAGUCGAAACACCGCAUCUGGUUUAAUGACCACGAGUUGUCGUUAAUCCUCCAGAACAUCAUCGAUGUUUCUUCAAAGGUUGAUCAGAUCGAAUCGAUCAACAAUGCUAUUGGUUCUGUCACUACACAAUCAUUGAAGCAUUGGCAACAGGCCAGAAUCGAAUUAGGCAGAUCAAACGCUGAAAACUUGAAGCUCAUUGAUGAUGCACUUUUUGUCGUAGUUUUAGAUGGGAAUUCUCCAAUUUCUGAACAAGACAAAACCUCGGUUAUCUGCCACGGCUCUUCUACGUUGUCAAAGUCCAACAUUCAGAUCGGAUCCUGUACCUCCAGAUGGUAUGACAAGUUGCAAUUGAUUGUCACAGCCAACUCCGUAGCCGGAAUUGUAUGGGAAUCAUCUUCUAUGGAUAGUACGGCUAUUCUCCGCUUUAUUUCGGACAUCUAUACAGAUUCGGUACUCAAGUUGGCCAAAAACAUAAACGGCUCGGAAUACACCUUGUUCGACAACAAUGUGACAUUUGUAUCUGCUGACGGCAAUAACAUCAAGCCAGAAAAGCAGAAAAUGAAGUUCGAUGUUACCAAGGAAUUACAGAAUUUGAUUCAUUUGUCCGAAACCAGAUUGGCCGACUUGAUCAACCAACACGAAUACAGAACACUCAGUGUCAAGUUGGACUCGCAUUUGAUUAAGAAGUUUAACCUCUCGGUAGACUCGAUACUCCAAAUCUGUUUUCAGAUUACCUACUACACAUUGUAUGGAAAGAUGGUGAACACGAUUGAGCCUAUCACUACGAGAAAGUUCCGUGAUUCGAGAACAGAGUUGAUCCCAGUGCAAAACGAUGGUAUCAACAAUUUGGUCAAGUUGUAUAUCACCAAUGCUCCAUCCGAGGACAAGUGGGAAAGCUUCAAGAGAUGCUGUGAGGUACAUACAAAACAAUACCAUGAUGCUAUGGCAGGUAAGGGCUUUGAAAGACACUUUAUGUCCAUCAUCCAGGUGAUCAAGAAUCCCGACUCAGUCAAAAAGUUGAACAAAUUGAAUCCAGACUUACCACCACUCCCUGAUUUGACCAAGGAAAACUUGGAUAUACCUUUGCUUUCCAAUCCCAUGAUCGAAAAGUUGGUUUCGCCAGAGUUGUUGAUUUCUAACUGCGGAAACCCUGCGUUGUUGCUUUUUGGUAUACCACCAGCCAUUGACCAAGGUUAUGGUAUCGGCUACAUUAUUCAUACUGAUAAGGUAUUGAUUACGGUAUGCUCCAAGUACAGGCAGACGGAAAGGUUUUUGGACACGUUCAACCGUGUGAUCAACAGCAUGAAGAACAUGUUGAAGCAGCGGUCCAAUUUCUUGCUCAAUAUCAAUGACAAUCAACUGAGAAAGCACGAGUUGCAGAAGUUGAGAAUCGAACAUGAGUUGAGACACGUCGACAGCAGCACUCCACUGACAAGACAUCCCAUUGCCUUAACUAUUGAUAAAGACUACGAACCCAUCCCUAUUGAAAGCGUGAAUCUUGAAACUAAAGAACACUCAAGAUCAAACUCGCUUGGAUCAGGCUCUGAUGAAGACUUUGAAUUGUUGGGAGGUUAUGGCUACUUUGAUUUUGGCGAUUUGGACUCGAGAUCUGACGAACUUUCUAGAAACGAGUCCAGGAACACCCUCAGCCACUCAAACUUGGGCUCCACAUUGAACUCAAGACACCAUUCGCAUACCAACUUGCACAAGUUGACAUUGACCAUGGCUGCUAGCGAUAUCAAGCAGAAAUUGUCGCUUUCAGAAAGCAUCAGAGACAAGUUGUCGCACAGUGAAGACGCCUUGCCUCUCGAGGGUACAGUUGAAGAGACUUCCCUGGAUUCACAGCCGAAGUCAAGAAGUAACAUUGGAAGACAAUUGGACAUAUCUGAAUAUUAG